GGGUGGGGCCAUGAUGCGUGAAACAAUUGGCACAUUGUCAUCGGGUGUUUCGCUUCAUCCACUGAACAUUAAUUUUACUGUCCGCAGGGAACACGAAGAGGAAAAGUUACCUGUAGGACAGCAGCAAAUUAGACGGAAAGAAAGUGUCUUUUUGCUGUGUUCUCGGUUGGAGGACAAAAGAGUUUGUGUUUGCGAGACUCGUCGAGCUCGAUAAGACUUUCGUUUGGGGAAAACUUCGGUCUCCUUUUCAGUCGCAGUGCUUCGCCUCGCCGUCAUGUCAAACAACAGUGCCAGCAGCAGCAACCUCAUUAUCGCCCAAAAAGCGGUUAAACAGCUCCGUCUGGAAGCCAGUGUGAGGAGGAUCAAGGUGUCCCAGGCUGCAUCAGACCUGAAGAACUUCUGCCUCCAGAAUGCGCACAAGGACCCCCUUCUCAUGGGUGUGCCCUCCAGCGACAACCCCUUCCGGCCCCCCAAGUCUUGUGCCCUUUUCUGAGCUGAUCGCUGAGGACGCCAGGACCUCUCCUGAGCAUCUCUCCUGGCCUGUUCACUCCACUCUCCCACUGAAGACAUUUCCUGGAGGCCUGCACCCCCCUCCCCCUCCCCCUCCCCACCCCCGGCAGCCUGAGCUAACCUAACAAGACUUAAUCACGGUUCUUCGAAAGCCUCGAUAUCUUCAUAAGUAGUGCCUUAACAUAAAGGAUCACAGCCUAUUUUAUAAUUCUUGCACAUUCUUUAGUUUAACUGCCCUAACUUGUUCCUGACAGUACCCUUUUGAGGUAGGGCUCCAACUACCUGGUUCCUUCUAGAACCCGCCGUGUGAAAAGUAGCAGUACUAACACUAACAUGCAGCAGUGAAGGCGGUGCCCUGCGGGGAAACACACUCAUAUUUGGCUAUUAAUUCCCUGGGAUGACAUCAACUAGCAUCACCAUGACAUCACCAACCGUGGCAGUUCUUUAGUUAAUCAGAUUAAUGGUCAUAUUCCUCGAAGCAGCAUUAUGAUGGAUUUCAUUUACACACGGCUUGGCAAAGUUUGUCUCUGGUGGUUUGAAACUGGUGUUGAUAGACUGUAGGCCUAACUAGUGACAAGAAUGGUACACAAUCCUAUAAUCAACCUGGGGUGGAAGGUAAAAUAGACCAGACUGAAACACUACAGCUGCCUGGUUUGGCAUCGCUGACCUGGGGGACAUCACUACACCCUGGGGAGGUUCUGCCCCCUCCGUCCCGUGACCUGGCGUUUGGCGGAAUGGCUACGUUGGCCGAAGUCAGACUGCGUGGGUCUAUUUGCGAAGUCUCAGCUUGCUACAGAUGGUACUUUGUCCGUUUCCUUCCCAGCUUCUCCUGGCGAUCUGCUCUGCCUCUGUCUCCUUGGGCUCCUUAUCCCAGCGGCUUAUUGCUCAGAAACGUAGCGCUGCCUCGUCUUUCACAUGCUGACGCCUGACAGGAAAUCGGCUCCCAGCCCCAGCAAAAUAAGCGAACGUGCCAAUCUUGUUCACUCCGUAGGACAGAAGUAAACACUUUGACCUAUGUGAGCGUUUUGUUAGUGUUUCAGAAGGAAAAGCUGGGAAACCCGGCUGAAAUCUCAGAUUUGUUUUCUUCGUGUGUCUUGUGUGAUUUGGUAACACGGUCAAUAUUCUUUAGAAAGACUAUUUUCAGCUCUGAGUACAGAUUUUGUUCUCCUCAAAAGAAAAACGCUAAAUCCUGUAAUAUCCUUUUUGUUGAGACCCAAGUGUAUCGUAAUUCCCAAUUAAUAGCAAAGCUUAAAGUUAGUAAACAAUAGUCUUAGGACCAUAUUGUUGUUUUUGUUGUUAUCUCACUUUAAUGGCAAUGUUUCUUUUUUUGGGGAGGGGGGGGGGUGAGGGUUAACAACAUUAAAACCCAAAUGUGGUGGAAAAAACAAAUUCUUAUUGACAGAUUAUUGAAUGCAGGAAAUCUUUAUAUUAUAUGUGUUACAUUAACAAGGUGUAACCCAAUGAAUUGUUUGGAUGUACAUGUUUUCUUUUUUAAUCUGUUUGUUUAGAGGAUUAUGGCAUGUAGUAUGGCGGUUGUUAUUGUUUUUCAGUAAAAUCUGUCAAUUUGUAAAAGGGCCUCCCAGAGAAAUUGUUUGGAAACAAUGAAUAAAGACUUAAAAUAUUUAAAGA